AAAACAUUGCCAUAUUUAGGACAGAAACCCCAAAAGACGUUUAUUACCCUAGAUACUCCAUGUGGCCUUGUUUAAUUAGGCUUUGGUUUGUCAUUCGUAUUAGCCUAUAGACGCCGUUAUUCAUUGGGGGUUUGAUCCGGCCUUGACUGCGACGGCCAUAAUGAUUACAUAGAAUCAGAGACACUUAGAAGGUAUAGACAGUAUUUGCGUGGCAUAACUGAACGACCCAUGCUCUUCAGUGCAAAAUAUUCAAACUACUAUCUAGAUCAUGUUAUGUUACCGACAAGAAUCAGCACAUCAUAUGAAAAACCUUAUUUCAGCAAGAUAAAACGACCAAUUCUUGAAAAGCUUAUGACGAAAAGGUAGGCACAUCUCAGAGGCCAUGACGUUUCUAAUCGACACACAAUGAUACCAUAAUUUAGCGUUGCUUACCAGAUGCAUGCAUUGCGUAGCAUUAUCAAACUGUUUUAUGUGUUUGCUUUCCUUUUCUCAAUUUCGUCCUUCAACAAAAGUGCUGCAACUUCCACUCUUCCAAAAGAAAAUUCAGACAAGGAGCAAAGAAAACGCAACGACAAUGAAUCGAACUAUUUGGGAACAACUUCUCUGACAUCAAUCGAACAUAACAUUGAAAACUACCCGGCAACUUUCAAUAAUGACUACAAUUUGAGGAACUGGACUAAGGAACAGUUGACUACAUUGCUGGAACAGCACGGCUACUUGGUAAAGAUUGGGCACGGAGGCUGGCCUCUUGGGAUGAUAGGCGAUGUCGCUUAUUAUCCCGAAGAACUGCUCCCAGAGCUCGGUGCAAUGCACGAGCGACGAAACCUAAUGGUAACAGAAAAACUCUGGGUAAACGGUGACGCAGAAACUAUAGUGCCCUUUUACUAUGACACAGGAUCCCAGGCAGACCAUGAGGUCUUUGAAGAAGCUGUAAAAAGCUGGGCAGACCAUACUUGCAUUAAGUUUGUCAAAAAGGAGCCGAACAGGUGCGACGUAGAUCUUGGCCAUGCCGCCGUUUGUGUGGGCAAUUUCGGCGGAUGUUUCUCGCUGCUAGGUAAAAAGUAUGGACCAGGCAGGCGCUCCUCUCAACAAAUGUCGGUGCAGCCCAAUGGUUGUGAAAAUGUGGCCGCAGCACAUGAAUUUGGCCAUGCACUCGGGCUGGCCCACGAACAGGCAAGAGCUGAUCGAGAAAAAUACGUUUACGUUAUUUAUGAAAACAUUGAAAUUAACUUACAAAAGCUUGAUGACAAAAGCAUCAUGAGUUUGUGGUAUCAAGGGGGCCAGUGCAGUGCUGAACAAAUGUAUGAUGCCCCAAAGCCUUACGAUUCAAUGUCGUUAAUGCAAUAUGGCACGUCUGAUUUUGGAGGAUCGGACCAGCGUCCUGUUUAUCUUCAAAGAAACCCCAAGUUUCAGUACAUGUUUGAUUACCACAGAGCAGCAGGCUACAUGCAAACGCAUUAUGAUAAUUACAUCGUAAAUAUGGGAUAUAAAUGCAUCCCACAAUGGACAAAGAACUGUGAAGCAAGUGGCAAAAGUGUACCAAAGUGUCAAAAUUACGGCUACGUCGGAAAGGACUGUAAAUGUUUGUGCCCAAAAGGUUAUUCAGGAAGCACAUGUGGAACAAAGGAUGGACCCUUGUUUCCAGUCAUGGACAGAGCUAAAGCAAUGUUAGACGUUACCAAGCCAGGUUUGGUGGACAUGGAAGGCAAGGGCAUGCAUAUUGAGAAUCACAACUACCCAAAAGAGGAUUUCACAGACAAUCAGUACAUCACCUUGGUCAUUAAAAGCGGAGAAGGGACAAGGAUACAUGUCGAUGUCAUCCACGACUACGAAGCAGUCAAACGCGAGUUCGCGCGUUCAGCUGACUAUUGGAUAAAAAAGGGUCUUGAGUGUCGAUACGCCUUUCGUUUGUACGUGGGUAACAAUGACGCCGGCAAAAUUCGGGUCGAGUGCAUCUCGUCUAUGAUGAGCAACGAGCCAAAAGAAAGCCGUCCCGUGCUGCGCUCAAACACAAGCGAGCUGGAUAUGGUCGGUAUGGGCGGCUGGGGCCUCAGUUACGCCGGGGGCCCACCCACUACAAUGAAGGCCAUGGAGUUCCAGUUCAUGGUAUCAUUUCUGGACAGACCUGAGGACAAGCUUAAAAUCGAGAACAAGAAUCCAGGAGAAGUGGGCGAGGCCGCGGAUCCCGCCGGAUCCAACGGAACCACAGAGCCAGGGGAGAGCGUGAAUGAAGCAGCAAAAGCAAUAGCGGAAAAUAUAGAGAAGAGCAAAGUUCCCAUCAUCGUCGGAGUGGUCGGUCUGGUCUUGCUGUUGGCUGCGGGUGGCGGAGCUACCUGGUGGUUUAAAUUCCGAGAGCCUCCAGAACUGGAGAAGGUGGAGGAUCCCCAGCCGCCGGAGAAUCAGGAGGAGCACUCCUCCUCGGACGACGACACGAGCGACAGCUCGGACUGAGAGCACAAACGGUGGUGGUGCUGCGUGAACGAGACCGUGCCGGCACGAGCCGCUCCAGUCCGGCGCUCUUGGUAACAGAGGCAGAGGCUAGGUACUAUAGCGCUGACCUAUGCGCUGAAGGACUUGUGUGGAAUGAUAAUGAGUGUGGCCAAUUCGCUAGUCCUGCGAAACGCGAAAGAUAGAAACGAUAACGAAGCUGGCGAAGUACUGCUAAUGUGAAUUUUCAUGAAUUGCAACUAGGGAUACCAUAUUAUUCCGCGAAUGAAUGAAACACGAAACGAACAUAUACCUAUCAUAGGAUGGGGCAAAUAUUGAUACGAAGGUGCAUUACUACUUAGUCAUGGUGUAGAUGUGCUUACAUGCAAGUACAGUAUCUGAUGAUU